ACACUUUUCCUGUUUUCCAAUUUUUUCCCUCAGAGAGUGGCAUUAUUCAAUGACAAAAAAAACACGUUAGAAACACAGAUCGCGCUCUCGCCGAACCCGUUCGGUAUUGUACCUAUAGUUUUUAUUACGAUACGCAGUGGCAAGUGCGAUUGUGUAUUGUGCUUUGCGAACAGUCCGAGCGAUGACUCGGUUGAUCUAUCAACACGCCGCUGCCGCCGCCACUGCUUUACGGAGGACUAUGGUGCUACUACUUUUGCUGUUGAUGUUCUCCUUGUCGUUGUUUCCAUCGGUCACUGCCGAGUGCCCGGACAGAUGCAUGUGCCAAUAUGGGGGGGUCGACUGCUAUAAACUGAAACUGGAUCGGAUUCCCGACCGCAUACCUCCGGACACCAAAGAGCUAUUAUUGUUUGGAAAUAAAAUUGAAAACAUCGAGACUGGGGUUUUUAAUAACUUGACGAGUUUGAAGCACUUAGACUUAGAUGACAACAAAAUCCAAAAGCUCGAUUUUGUACAAUUUAAGGGAUUAACAAGACUGAAUGUACUGAGUUUGAGCUAUAAUAAAAUCAGGGAUAUCGAACCGAAAUCAUUUACCCAUCUUACAGAGUUAAAAACCUUAACGUUGGACUACAAUGAAAUAAGUUAUUUGAAAAAUGGUGUAUUUGCAAACCUUUCAAAGCUUCAGGCAUUAUCAUUGGAUAAAAAUAAAAUUGAAAACAUCGAGACUGGGGUUUUUAAUAACUUAACGAGUUUGCAGUACUUAUUCUUGGAACGGAACCAAAUCCAUAAGCUCGAUUUGGAAAUGUUUAAGGGACUUAUAAAACUGGAUAUACUGGAUUUAAGCCACAAUAUGAUAAGAAACAUUCCACCUGGGAUAUUCGAUUCAUUAACGUCCUUAAGUCUUUUAAAGCUUGACCAUAACCCGCUGAGGUGUGAUUGCAAUAAUCUGUUGUUUGUAAACGCGCUGAAGAAAAAUUACCCCCAGCUAGAUGUAUUCGGGGAUUACGACUCGUUGUGCCUUUUUCCAGUAGAAAUGAGCGAAAAAUCGUUGAAAGAAUUAACCGAAAACGAUUUUCAAUGCACGCCUCCGGAUGUAAUCGUGGUACCGGAGAACAAAACGGUGUUGGUCGGUGAAGAGUUACAACUCUCGUGCAAAGCUGUAGGAGACCCGGAACCUUUGAUAACGUGGGCCAAAGACGACAUUUAUCUGGAACUUGGCCAAAGAGUUCAGGUAUUUCAAAAUAAUACAUUGAUUAUAUCUAAAGUGGAAAGAACGGACGGUGGUCAAUAUAAGUGCGUGGCGACCAAUUAUCUUGGACGAAAAUCUUUUGAGUCGAUGGUUAACAUAAACGGUUUGGUGGAAGAUGGUUAUAACACCAUGUUUGGAAUAACACAAUUUUUUAUUUUUAUUAAUAUUAUACUUGUGAUUUGUGUAUUUUAUACAUUAUUUUAUCGUAAUGUUAGUGCAUCGCUUAUUGUGUAAAAUGCACAACUGUAAAAUAUAAAAUUAAGUAACCAGAACUUGCAGAACUACAAUAUAUAGUAUAAUAUAUUUUAUUAUUUUCUGUACAAUCGACUGUUUUUAAUUUAUACGAUAAUUUCUAGUGAAAUACGAUAAUUUUAUAGACACUGUACAAUCAUCACUCUCUCCUAACCUGGCAAAACUCCGACUAUUGCUUCAUUAAUAUACCUUAAAUCUAUUAUACUUUGUUAAAUGUAAUUCGUUAAAUUGUAAUUAUUACUAGUUUUAGUGUAUUAUAGCGUGUACUGUGUUUAUUAUUGUUAUUUUGUUUCGAUAAUUUAUAUACUUGUUGAGAAAUUAUAUACUACACCAUUGUAUAAUAUA